AUGGAUGUGAAGAAGGAUGUGGUAAAGAUGGAGGACAAUAGUACCAAUAUUGGAUGUGGGUUUUCCUCAUCACCAUUUUCAGGCAUAUUUGAUUUCUGUGAAGGAGAAAAGAGCUCAUCUUUAGGGUUUAUGGAGCUUUUGGGUGCUGGCCAGGACUUUUGUACUAACUCCUUGUUUGAUUAUUUGCCUCAGACACCAUCUAUGUUGCCUUCAUUAGCUCCAAACUUUCCAAAUACUUCCAUAAUGGCAAAGGAGUGCUCUGACAACUCUUUGAAUCAGCAGCCUGCAACACCGAACUCUUCAUCGAUUUCAUCUGCAUCCAGUGAGGCUCUGAACGAGGAACAGACUGAUAAUAAAGGUGCUGCAGACCAAGAUGAAGAAGAAGAACAUGACCAACCAAAGACCAAGAAAGAGUUGAAAGCGAAGAAGGCAAGUCAGAAGAGACAGAGAGAACCCAGAUUUGCAUUCAUGACCAAGAGUGAGGUUGAUCAUCUGGAAGAUGGCUACAGAUGGAGAAAGUACGGUCAAAAAGCUGUGAAAAACAGCCCCUUCCCCAGGAGUUACUAUCGAUGCACAAGUACAGCAUGUAAUGUGAAGAAGCGAGUGGAGCGAUCUUUCAAUGACCCAAGCAUCGUUGUGACAACUUAUGAAGGCCAACACACACACCCAAGCCCACUCAUACCUCGCCCAACUCUCACGGCUUCGGCUUCUGCUCAACCCAAUAUCUCUACCACCUUUGCCAUGCCUUCAAUGCCCAGAACCCUAUUAUCUCAUCACUAUCAACAGCAACUGCAACCUUUCAAUUUCUGCAACUAUGUUAAUGGUGGCUCACCAACAGCAAAUGCUAGCGGCACCGGCUUUCAUCACGAAAGGCGGUUUUGCACCCCAGCAACUGGUUCUGCUAUGUUGACAGACCAUGGGCUUCUUCAAGACAUAGUCCCCUCCCAUAUGCUGAAGCAAGAGUAG